AUGACGUACAUGCUUAUCUACACAAAUCCUACCUAUAAAAAGGAGAACAAAGACAGGUUUUUCACGGUCUAUAAAAAGCCUCUGUUGGUUUCUCCUGCCCUCCCCGAUGCAAAAAUGCUGAAUUUUGUAUUUUUGACUUUGAUCUGUCUCGUAAACCUGCAGCCCUCCUCUUGCGAAGAAGAUAGGAGGAAUGCUAUCAUCUCAUCGAUGGAGAAGGCAAUUAUGUUCCUGGCUGAAAAUCAUGACAAAAUUAACGUAGAUGCGGUAUUGGGAUUCUCUGUCUUGGAAGCAUUCUUGAAGAACACAGUGGAGAUAUGGCAACAACGGCCGGAAUUAACCAUCAGGCGACAGAGAAUCCUGGUGAUGAGGGAGAAGCUGUUGACCUUCACGGAGAAGGCAGCCCAAGAUAUUGAAAAGCAGGAUCCGGUUUCCCACAAAGAGUUUGCUCCAGCUUUAAAACCAGGAUUUUGGAAGGUCCCUCAGGAAUGGAAAAAGAUUAAUGACUCUAUUCCUUAUUCCCCAACAAGUGGGAACUGUCUGGAUUUAAAAACCAGUGAUUUCUGCAUCUCAGCCGUAUUAGGAACACAGGAUUCCGCCGACAAAUGCUGGAUUCCAGAUAAUUGCACCAGUCUCAUGAUAAACACUCAUUGCAACGGCUAUCUGCUCUCCCACCAACUCUUUUACUUUCUAUUCGCCAAGAUGCAAGCAUGCCCUAAUUCGCUCUUCCAAAAUGCCGGGUACUAUGAAAAUGUCUUCUGUCAUUUGAUGAUGCAAAGCAAUCGCUAUAUCGAAAAGAACAAUCUGUUCGACAAUUUUGGAGACCUCUUUACAGAAAAUAUUAUGUUUUGUGCGCUAGCUGGAUUCUCAGAUUUCUUCCAGACUUCCUGGCUCGACCGCAUUCUCAACUGGCAGGAACAGGACAAAGGAUGUUUCUGGAUGUACACUUCUUCCAAUGAUAAGGACCAUGUGAGAAGAAGGACAAAGAGGUCUGAGAAACUUGUUGAAGGUACCUGCUCUUCCCAUAACACGGCUGUGUCUGUUGGAGCACUUGGGGGCUUCCUCUUGAACAGCGCCUGA